CGUCAUAACGUCAUAUGUUUGCGUGACUACCGCUAGCGAUCGGGGAAACAGAACUUGGGUGGGUAUAGCAUAAAAAUACGGUAAAAAACGGAUUAAGAAGAGAAAAUGACGGAAUUCGAUUCAAGUAGCUCUGAUAUGGAAGUGUCUUUAAUAUCACCACCUUGCAAAGUUUUGAACGAACUGCGACAGUCUGCGCAAUUGACGGACGCCAUUAUUAAGGUUGAAAACCACAGCUUCCCAAUUCACCGCGCCAUCAUGUCGGCAUGCAGUCCGUACUUCCGGUCCUUGUUCACGAACGAAUUGUUCCACACCGAGAUGCGGGAAGUCGUGAUUCCAGGCGUCUCCGCGGACAUCAUGAAAAUCAUCAUCGACUACGCGUACACCCGUACAAUCAACAUCAACCCGGAAAACGUCGAGCUCCUCCUAUGCGUCGCCGACCAAUUCCACGUAAUGGGAAUCGUCAAAUCCUGCUGCGACUACUUGACCGGAUCCCUGAACGUUGACAACUGCGUGGGUAUCUACAAGUUCGCUAAAGCGUAUUUCUGCCACACGCUCGAGUGCAAGAGCUUCACGGUGGUACUUCAAAACUUCGCGCAUGUCGCGGUGCACAGCAACGAGUUCCUGCAGCUAAGCGCCGACGAAUUGGCCGACAUCAUGUCACGUGACGAACUGAACGUGCGAAACGAGGAGCUCGUGUUCGACGCUGUUCUGCGCUGGAUCGACUUCGAGCCGGAGCGCCGGAAGAGUUCGAUUCCCAAACUGAUGCGUUCUAUCCGUCUUGGUCUCCUGACCACGCAGUACUUCGUGGAAAGAGUCAAGACGCAUCCCUAUGUUAGGGAGUCGGAGGGCUGUAAGCCAAUCAUCAUCGAGACCCUCAAGUUUCUAUAUGACCUUGAAAUGGAGGAGGAAAAAGUGGUGGACAUUAACAACCCGCUGGCCCGACCACGUGUCCCCCACGAGCUGCUCUUCGUCGUCGGCGGCUGGAGCGGGGGGUCGCCGACGAACAUCGUGGAGACGUACGACACACGCGCCGACACGUGGUCCAUCAUCGACACCAUGGAUGCAGGCCCGAGGGCGUACCACGGCACAGUCUGUAUCGGUCACGUGAUCUACGUUAUUGGGGGUUUCGAUGGCAACGAGUACUUCAACAGCGUUCGGUGCUUUGACGUUGUCAACAAAACUUGGUCCCAAGUAUCUCCGAUGAACGCAAAAAGGUGUUACGUGAGCGUCGCCCUGCUCGACGGCCUGAUUUACGCGCUGGGUGGAUUUGACGGUCACGUGCGACAGAACACCGCCGAGCGCUACCUACCCCGGAAGAACCAAUGGUCGCUAAUCGCGCCCAUGAACCACCAGAGGAGCGACGCAAACGCCGCCGCCUCGAACAACCGGAUAUACAUCUGUGGCGGCUUCAACGGGUCGGAGUGCCUGGGUCACGCCGAGUGCUACGACCCCCGGGCCAAUCAGUGGACCAUGCUCACACCUAUGAGGAGCAGACGGAGUGGCGUCGGCGUCAUCGCCUACAGAGGCCAGAUCUAUGUGCUCGGCGGUUUCAACGGUCAGAGUCGCAUGAACACAUGCGAGCGCUACAACCCCGUUACAAACACGUGGUCACAGGUGGCUGAUAUGUACAGCCCACGCAGCAACUUUGCCGUAGCGGUGCUUGACGACAUGAUCUUUGUGAUUGGAGGCUUUAACGGGACAACAACCAUUUUUAACGUGGAAUGUUACGAAGGAUCCGUUGACGAAUGGUAUGACGCCUCCGACAUGAACCUCUACCGAAGUGCUCUCAGCGCAUGCGUGGCAACUGGUCUGCCCAACAUCAACGACUACAUCACCAAAGACCGCGAGCCAGAAAGGGGCCGGAGGUCGCGGCUUCAUACCGCAGCACAGACCGCCCCUCCGCUCGAGAUGGGCGUCGACUAAUACCGAAAAAAAUGAAAUAACUUUACUAGUAAAAAUUGUGUUUUAUUGUAUGCAUUUAAAUAUAACAAUGAAAGUUAAACAAGACAUGAGACAUUUUGAUUUUUAACUUCUGUUUUUUUUAUUCUUCACGAUUUUAUAAGUUAAUUAAACACUUUUUUUAAAAUUAUUUUUUACUGAUUAAAUACACUUUCUUACGACUUUUACGGAACAAUAGUGUACAUCUUUUAUUUCUAAAACGUUUCGUUUCUUAUUAGCUUUUAUAGUUUGUUAUUGAUAGUUUGUCAAAAACUUUUUUUAAAUGA